AUGACUGACUCAUUGGGGAAGAAGUAUGCUAGUCUAUCUCUUACUGAGAAGGAAUCCGAAGAAGUGGUGGUGGAAAUCAAUCAAGUUGAGGAAGUUCUUUAUCGAGGAGAGAACUGCUUGAUUAUGCAGUUGCUAACCAGGAAGCAUUAUAAUCAUGAAGUUUUUAAACAAACAAUGAGGAAAGUAUGGAGAACAGUUAAAGGUGUCAAGAUUCGUGAUCUGAAUUCGGAUUUUAAUCUUGUAGAGUUUGAGGAUGUGAAAGAUAAAGUGAAGGUCUUGCGUGAGGGACCUUGGGCGUUUAACAAACAAUUAGUGCUUUUGAAAGAAUUUGAUGGUUUGGUGCAGGCUAAUGGUCUAACAAUUGUUCAUGCCCCUUUCUGGGUGAGGAUUUAUGAUUUGCUAUUGAUGGCUCAGAACUCUUAUGUGGGUAAAUUAAUUGGCAACUUGAUUGGAGAUUUUCUGGAGGUUGAUCUCGCUAAGGGGGAAGUUGAGUGGGGUGAGUUCAUGCGAGUACGGGUUCUAUUAGACAUUUCCAAACCACUUCAACGUAGGAAGAAACUGAAAUUGGGGGAUGAAAAUUACUGUUGGGUUCGUUUGGUUUAUGAAAGGCUCCCUAAUUUUUGCUACUAG